UGGAUCUAUUUCUAUGUUUUGCUUGUUGGUAAAUCUUGGCACCAAAAGAAUACAAUGAUGAACGAUACAACACCACAGUCUUUUCCAGUCGUACAAUAAUUUUAGAUCACUCAAUUUCACUUCAUAUGAAUUGAAGUUUUUAACAAAAAUAUUAGGCCAGGAACCCAGCUAUUAUAUCGUAGGUCUAUCUUGUUGAGGGUACUAGAAGGUUCUACAGUUCUCUGGGCAUGGCUAAACUAGACCAAGACCAAAGAAUUCUUCUGCUUGUAUUCACAAGUUUGUGCAUUGACACAGGUCAUAAUUUGCUUGAAGUCUUGUCCCCUGGAACUGAACCAGCUUUUGCACUAAAUGCCAAAGGCACGACAUUGUGCAGCGAAGAUAACAUGAAUGAACCUUACUGUGACUUCCAGUGUCUCUGCGAAAAUGGAAACUGCACAGCAUCCCAAGACUGCAAAUGCAAAACGAAUCACUUUGGUUACUAUUGUCAGUACGAGGACUACUACGGUGACAAAGACAAUAUGGAUGUCCUAAGGGACGACGACCUUGACACCUGUUUGGGGAAUAACGUUACGACAGUGCAGUUGACCUUUGAACCUAUUUACAUAUCUUUUGUCACGAUACUUUAUAACGGAACGUCAACCAAAGAUCAUGUUAAAAUCCAUGUUAACCUUGGCGGUCAAACAGGCCCGAUCGAUAAACUGAAAUUUAGACAUUAUGGCUUUAGCCGAAACAGAGUGGAGUUCCAUUGGUUUAACAUUCACAAAGCGGAGAAGUUGAUUUUUACCGGCUCUGAUGUGAAUAAAAUAUGUGAAGUUUACAUCAGCCAAGGACGCAAUUUUGCCUUCUCUGCUACCGCCAAUGUAGAUCCUAAUGAAUGCUCGCCAUCCGCUGAUGAAAAUGCAAUCAAAUCAACUCAUGAUGGCAAAGAAGAAUCUUCCAGAUUUGAUCUUCAAUGUAAUAAAACGCUAAAUUUUUAUCUGACCUUCAAUAGACCGGUGACAUUGACCCACUUCAAGAUUAUAGGCAAAGCAAAUGAAAUUACCAUCGUUGAAAUUGUAAAUAUGGAAGACGUCAUUAUACAAACUCUAAAUAUCCGUGAACGACUUUCACAACAAUUGAUAAAGUCAUUUACAAAUGUGUCGGAAGCAACACAAGAUUUCAAGAUCUCAGCAUUGGGAAAUAUAACCAUUGAUGAAAUCUACGCAUAUGGAGACUGCCCAAAUGGUAUGUAUUCCUUUCAAUGUAAUGAGUAUUGCCCUGAAGAUUGUCUUUUUCGUCGCUGUACAAUAGACGGAACUUGUUUAUCAUGUAACGGUGGAUUCUAUGGCCCACACUGUGAAGGUUUCUGUGAUCGCUGUAGAUGUCACCAGCAGACAGGGGAAUGUUUGGAAAGUGAUGGUGAGGUAGAUAAAGAGGAUUACUCCGUUCUUCCUUACCCUUUUAAGUGUCCAGGGCACUGCACUAACGACUUCUGUGACUCUAAUGGAACGUGUAUCAUCGGAUGUACAACGACUGAUUACUCUGGCAGACGAUGCACACUAAACAAAAAAUUACGAUAUUGUAGCCCAAUUUGCUUGAAAGAUGACGCCGACUGCGAGUGUAACUCUUGUGUUGAUGGAAUGUACGGCCCUAAUUGCUCGCUAGAGUGUCCCGAGCUAUGCGGUGGAAACCAUAGCUGUCAACAGGAAACAGGCGAAUGCAAUUCUUGUGUUCAAGGCCGUUUCAUGUAUGACUGUUCAGAAGAAUGCAGUCCAACAUGUGAAGACAGGACAUGCAAUAUAUACUAUGGGGAAUGCACUUACGGUUGUCUCCCUGGACACUAUGGCUUACACUGUGAUCAACCCUGUCUUGGAAACUGCAGUGAAUAUGAAAUCUGCAACAGAUCAUCAGGUGAAUGCUUGGAUUAUUGCCCAAAUGGGUUUUUCGGUAUCCAUUGUGAACAGAAAUGUAGUCCAAACUGUGCUGGCAAUGGGACGUGUUUGAAGCUGACAGGAGAAUGUGAAGAAGGAUGUAAAGCUCGAUUUACCGCAUUAAAUUGUUCCUCGAGAUGUAGUCCCAACUGUGCUGGUAAUGGAUCCUGUCAUAGUCUGACUCGGCAUUGUGAUGAAGGAUGCAAGCCUUAUUUUUUCACCCAAUCGUGCGCUAAAAGAUGCAGUCCCUUUUGCUUCAAUAAUACCCAAUGUGACACUCUUACUGGCGUUUGCCGCGCAGGUUGUAAGGAAGGCUUCUUUGGUCCUAACUGCUUCAAAACUGGUUUAUUGGAUACAAGAGGUACCUGGACAUGCCAUUGCAAUGACGGGAAGUAUAACCGUUCCAAUCCUGUAUGUGACUGGAACAUGUGUAUCGUUGGAUGGUUCGGAGAACGCUGUAACUUCAUUGAUCUGGCCGCCUCGUCUCGAAUCCCGAUCGUGAAUUUAAUGGACAACAAUGACAGCACGUGCUACACAACCAACGGGGAGGACGUGGUAGCCAAAUGGGCCACCGGGAAAACAAUCUCCUGGGUCAGACUGAUCUUUGAUGAGAAAGACAUAUUUGAUGUGCUGAAUGACACAUUUGAGAUUCACUACACCAACUCAACGUUCAGAUUUAAGUGUGUGCAGCCACAUGUGUUACAGGUUCACUAUAACUUGGACACGCUGGAUCUGAAGUGCGAAUCUGUCUUCAACAUCACUGAGCUCUACGUACGUUGGAAGAGGCCGCGGUCUCUUUGCUCCAUACGCAUCUUCGGAGGUCGAAAUUUUGCUACCCUUGGGUCGCUAUAUUUAGCAAAGACUCACUCAAAAGACAAAGUACAAGACGUACCAAACUUGGUUGAUGGAAACUUUAAUGGCGUAAACUGUACAACUUUGGGAACAAAAGAGAAUCAUACUCUAGUUUGGCAUUUGGGUUUUAAGAUAAUCAUUCAUCAAAUGAACUUCUACACUGUGCCCUAUUUGCAUACAGCUGUUGUAGAGAUAGAAUUCCAUAAUUUUAAGAAGACUAUGACCCUCCACCAAAACAUGACACUAAUCAGGGAACUCUUGCUUAAUGAGGUCUACGUGGACAACGAAGUGGCGUUUUCUUUCUUUAAUGUCAGAGUAGUCUCAGGUCAAGUCAGACUGUGUGAGCUGGAGCUCUUCGGACACUGUGAGGAUGGUUUCUAUGGCGCACUCUGUGACGGCAUCUGCAGCAUCGACUGUGUCUACCGGCUCUGUGACGAAGAAGGUCGAUGUUUCCGUUGCUACGAAGGCAAAACGGGUCACUUCUGCAAAUAUUUGCUGUAUGAAAGCGUCCUUGACAACGGCACUGACCUAGAUUUACCCAAAAAUAGCUCGAGGAGCUCCGGGUAUAUGGAAAAUGACAAGAAUUAUUUAGUCGCCGUGUAUGUCGUUUUAGCAACUUUCUGCCUUUGCCUUUGUUGUAAAUACAUAGGCUGGGUGUUUAGAAGUGAUUCUGUAGGCAUGAUCAGUAGACACGAGUGAUACGCUUUAAGGGAAAACAAAUAAACAGGGAUUCAGAAAAAAUGCGAUAUUGUAUAAGAGGACUGCGCAUCAAGACUGAUGGUCUGGUCUUGGCUCUAGACUUUAGAAUAUCACGUUUCAAAACGUGUUUGUAUUAUAUUUAUAUAUAUAUAUAUAUAUAUUUGUUUUUGUAAACUUGGUUU